AUGAUGUUCGUUGCUGGCGUUUUGUGGGCUUCGAUCGUCGGUUUCGCUUGUGGACUGAUCAGUAACCACACUGCGCAAGAAAGGAAGUACUCACAGACGAUUGACGAUCUGAACAGCAUGAUGCGUGACAAGAACGUCUCCGAAAACAUGCGAGGCCGCUUGCGGCAGUUCUUUUUUAACCAGCAGAAGGACGUGGACUCGCAAGAGCUGUACCAGAAACUAUUGGUGCGGAUGUCCCCGACGCUGCAGGCUGAGGUAGCGUUUGCUGCUUAUGCGGCUUUCAUGCUCAGGGUACCGUUUCUGGCGGACGCGGAACUGGAGUUUUUAGCGGCGAUAUGUCUAGCCUGUAAACACGUAACAUUUGGGCAAGGCGAGCCGAUCGGAGACACGCAGGUUUUGUACAUUAUUCGCGCGGGUGUUUGUUUUAUCAACGGAAACGUCUACCGCAUUGGCUCGAGUUUUGGCGAGGACGUGCUGCUAGAUGACGCCGACUUGGCUGGAUUCUACAGUGGGUUCGCACUCACCUUUGUGGAGGCGAGUACGAUCACCAGAAAGCAACUGAACGACGUAUUGUUCAAGCAUCCGGAACAAAGCGUAAAAAUUCGACGCCACAAAGUCACCUUAGCGGUACGAAAGACACUGUUGCAUUUAGCCCGCCAAAGAAGUCGAGAAAAGUACGGACGAGAAACCGCGGGCGUAUCGAUACCAUCGCUCAGAUCGGUAUUCAAACAUAUUAUACAUAGUAUACGUGGGAUUCUGCUCCCAUUACCAUCUUUGCGAAUUUUUGUGAUUUGAAAUGAACAAGACUGAUGAAGUAGUAGUUAUUGUUUUUAUCUGCUAUUUCUAUUGUUACGCAAGCAGUGUUUCAUCCUGAUCCAGAAGUUCAAAUUGUUACAAACUCCUGUUUUUCAGAUGAGUUCGAGUUUGUCGGAUCCAAUGCUGUGGCGUGCGGAGGCUGAGAUUAUGCAUGCAAAUCGUCGGGAGCACGCUGUGAAUCGUGACGCCUUGGAGCGAUCGCUGAAGCGCUUUCACUUCGCGAAGCGGACAGCGGAUGAGAGGUUGGAGCCUGUGUCAAAGUUAAUCGUAGAAGACAUGUUGCAAAGAAAUAGCGACACUGUGCUGCGAGAGACAGCGCAAUUCAUGGAGCAUACAUGCGAUUCUGCUGGCAUCACCCUGAAAAUGUCAGUUGACGAGACGGACGACGAUAUGGUUGCGGAGAUGAACUGAACUUGUUUAGAUGAAGCUGCAGAAGAACUGAGUUGACAUUCUACUUCUCGGGACUAUUCACAAGAACAAGAUAAAGCAAAACUUGUUAUCGAUGAAUGUUCAUAAGUAACCUAUGGUAUGCACCACAUGCAUUGUCUUGAUUAUUCACCUCACCAUGACGAAAAUACAAAUUUCCUAGAAAAAGCAGCAUUGUAUGGG